AUGCGUGUCCCAAUAAGAUCCUCUCUGAGAAGCCGGGAUUCAUCGUCGACAUCGACCGAUCCGGAUCCAAGGGAACGAAUUAAAGAUUAUUGCCGGAAACUGGUCGCUUUCAUGUGCACCCAAGUGGGCGUCGGUGGACUCGUCGUUGGUUACGCAAUAAUAGGAGCGUUCGGUUUCACGAUAAUCGAGUCUCAAGCUCAGCUUCCGUCCACCACGGUAUGCGUUCGGGAAUUAAUUAGGAAACGAUGCGCGGACCAACUGUGGUUCAGCACCGCCAGCAAUCAGACGGUGAACGUGUUCAACAAAACGACGUUCUACGUAUUGUCCAAUGAAAUACUACGAGACUACCAGGAGAACUUCACCGGUAGCUACAAAAAGGAGAACUGCAGCGGUCUGACGUCCACUGAUCUUUGGUCCUUCCCAGCCGCGAUGAUGUUUUGUCUUUCCGUCUUCACGAUGAUCGGCUACGGGACUCUGGUGCCCCAAACCGCCUGGGGCAAGGGAGUCACCGUCAUAUACGCGGUUCUGGGGAUUCCCCUUUACGUGCUGUACUUUCUAAACAUGGGCAAAGUACUGGCCCAGACGUUCCGAUGGUUGUACACGUGGCUGCACGAAUGCACCGGCAAGAAGAAGCCCGGCCAGAGGAUCACCGUACCAUCUACAGCCUGCCUAUGGGUGAUCUUUGGAUACGUCUUAGGUGGUUCGAUUAUGUUCGCGGAGUGGGAAGGAUGGGACUACUUGGACAGUGCUUAUUUCUGCGUGACAUCGUUGUGUAAAAUUGGAAUGGGAGAUCUCGUACCUGGUUGGACGCACGGUGACCUGACCACUGAUAGUCAGACGAAACUGAUUAUUAAUUUUGUUUACCUGUUGCUCGGCAUGGGACUGAUCGCGAUGUGCUACGAUCUGAUGAAGGAGGACGUCUACGUGAAAGCGAGGGAACUGAAGGAGCAAUUUAUUCAGAUCGUUGACGCCGCUCAUUAUCAGAUAGAGACUUGUUGUGGGUCAGAAAUAGUGGACUGA